CACUCAUUGGAUGAAUGCCAUUCUGGGAUAAAUCACCAUCUCAGGGUUGAGUUUGAUGUCAGUAACUGUUAUCUCUCAGCGGUAGUCGAUUAAAAUAUGUUGAUAAACAUGUCACCGUGCGGCUCAACUUUGGAGGAACAGCUUUCGUCUAUAAUGGACGUACUUGCGAAAGCGGCUGUAUCUGAAAUUAGCCAACUGUUCUCUGAUGGGUCUGCUACUCUUCGAUUACAAAUAACUCAGAGCCGCGAAGAAAACGAAGCGCUGAGGACGAGAAUGAAGGAGAUGAGGAGUGAGCUGUUUUCUUUGCGUCUUCAAACUAGAACGAUUGCAUCGCAUGCGGCAAGUCGUUUUGCCCUGGCUCGAGCCAACACCUGCACACCACGGACUAUAUCACUGGGAAAUGAAGACUGCGAAGCCUUUGGAGAUGGCAGCACAAAGCGUGGCGCCACCUUGGAUAGUCUGCAUGUGGACCCCCCUGGCUCCUCCCAUGUGUCCAGUCACAACAAGGAGUUGCGGAUCCUCAGUGUCCACGGACAAGGCGAGGGACCACUGGCAGUGGACGGCCAUGACACCCUCUUCACCACGUCCAAACUGGAAGCCCUGUACUCACCGUCUGCGCAUUACAGUGUGGCCAAGAGCCUGGACGUUGGCGAGCAGCUUGUCCGCCGUAUGGAGUUGACUGUGCAGGUUGGAAAUCAUCUUUACAUUCAUCAUCCAACACAGCAGACCCCAGACACCAUUUUAAUCAAGGAUGAAGAAGAUAUUGGUGGAGGGCUGCCCGCUGUAGAAGUCUGCAAUGACAUUAGAGACUGCAGCACAACUUCAGAUAGCCUGCAUCCAGACGCCACUGGCUCCUUCCAUAUGUCCAGUCAUAACAGGGAGCUGCGGAUCCUGAGUGUCCACGGACAAGGGGGAGGGCAACUGGUGGUGGACAGCCAUGACACCCUCUUCACCGCGUCCGAAGUGGAGGCCCUCAGCUCACUAUCCAUGGACCACAGUGUAGCCAAGAGCCUGGACUGCAGCGAGCAGAUCGUCCACUGUGAAGAGCAAACUGGGUCUCGGGGCGGCCGCAAGGGCCAGCCCUGUGUCUUGUGUGGCAAGGUUUUUCCCAGCAAUUCCAAGAUGACCAUCCACAUGCGUACCCACACCAGCGAGAAGCCCUACAGGUGUGCCCAAUGCAUGAAGCGCUUCAGUCAGAGCUGCAACCUAAAGAUCCACAUGAGUACUCACUCCAGGGAGAAGCCCUACAGGUGUGACCAAUGCAUGAAGGGCUUCAAACGGAGCAAUGACCUCAAGAUCCACAUGAGGAUUCACUCUGGGGAGAGACCCUACAGGUGUGACCAAUGCAUGAUGUGCUUCAGGCAGGGGUGCCACCUGAAGAUGCACAUGGGUAUUCACUCCAAGGAGAAGCCCUACAGGUGUGACCAAUGCAUGAAGCGCUUCAGACAGAGCUACGACCUGAAGAUCCACAUGAGGAUUCACUCCGGGGAGAAGCCCUGCAUGUGUCUCCAGUGCAAGGCCAGCUUCAGCGACCCGAGAUAUUUGCGUCUACACAGGAUCAAUGCGCACGGCAAUGAGGUGCUUUUACAAGAAUCGAAAUCGGUGGACGAAAAGGUUCACGUCCUGGCGACACCCUGGCCGGUAAAACCGAGACCUGAGUCUGCGAAGGGUCUUGGAGACCCCGAAUCGGCCCGCCACCACCGAGCCAUAGACAAGCUGAAGGUCACAGGGCCACAGCUGGCGAGAAUCCAGGCGCUAGGGGACCCUGUGGUGGCCCCCUGGGACCUGCCAGCAUUGAUAGGAGGUGGUCUCGGAUGGUCGGAUGAGGAUGGGGUCUUGGCUCUUGUCAUGGCGGAGCUGCUGGAGGUAAAGCUUGGACCUGGGAAGGUCCCCCAGAGCCUCCCGCUUGGUCAACAGGACCAGUCCAAUGAUGAAAGGGUCCUGGAUGUUGGCCAGCCAGAACCGGUGGUCCGUGCUGUUGAAAUAACUCAGAGCCGCAAAGAAAACGAAUUGCUGAGGACGAGGAUGAAGGAGAUGGGGAGUGAACUGUUUUCUUUGCGGCUUCAAACAAGAUCGAAUGCAUCACGUGCGCCAAGUCGUUUUGCCCUGACUCGAGACAACAUCAGCAAACCACGGACUAAAUCACUGGGAAUUGAUCUAAAGCCCCUGAUGGACCAUAAUGCGGUUGGACAUUCCCCUUUUCAUUCACCAUCCAAAAGUGAGGCUUCCUCAGUUACAAGUCCAGCAGAGCAGGAGACCCCCAACAUCAUUUUAAUCAAGAUUGAAGAGGAUAUUGGGGGAUGCAGGCCAGCAAAAGACUGUGAUGCCUUUGGAGACCGCAGCACGCAGAGCGCAGCCACCUUGGAGAGUCUGCCUGUGGGAACCCCGGGCUCCUCCCACGUGUCCAGUCAAAACGCGGCGCUACGGAUCCUGAGUGUCCACGCACAAGGGGGGGGGCAACUAGUGGUGGAAGGCCAUGACAUCCUCUUCACCGCUGCCGAAGUGGAGUCCCUGAACUCGCUGUCUGCGGACUGCAGCGUGGCCAAGAGCCUGGACUGUGGCAAGCGGUUAGAUUGCCGCAAACAGCUGGCUGUUCAGGAGACCCAAGACACCAUUUUAAACGAGGAGGAAGAGGAUAUUGGUGGAUGCAUCCCACCUGUAGAAGACUGCAAUGACAUUAGAGACUGCAGCACACAGCCUGGCGCCACCUCGGAUAGUCUGCAUCCCGAUGCCCCUGGCUCCUCCCACAUGUUCAGUCCAGUUCACUCCAGGGAGAAACCCUACAGGUGUGAGCAAUGCAUGAAGGGCUUCAAACGGAGCUACGAACUGAAGACCCACAUGAGGAUUCACUCUGGGGAGAAGCCCUACAGGUGUGACCAAUGCAUGAAGCGCUUCAGUCAGAGCUUCAACCUGAAGAUCCAUAUGAGGAUUCACUCCAGUGAGAAGCCGUACAGGUGUGACCAAUGCAAGAAGGGCUUCAAACGGAGCUACGACCUUAAGAUCCACAUGAGGGUUCACUCCGGGGAGAAGCCCUACAGGUGUGACCAAUGCAUGAAGCGCUUCAGUCAGAGCUUUAGCCUGAAGAUCCACAUGAGGAUUCACUCCAGGGAGAAGCCCUACAGGUGUGACCAAUGCAUGAAGAGCUUCAGUCAGAGCUGCCACCUGAAGAUCCACAUGAGGAUUCACUCCAGGUAG